AUGAAAACGUCUCGAGGAGCCGCACAGAGCCGUGUUCAGAGAGAAGAAGACUGCGAUGUGUGGAUUGACACUGCACAACUGAAAGGAAAAGUUCAAAAGAAACGUUUAGCCCGGCCCAUUUCCAAACUGCUAAACCCUUUUACACGUGGAUCAGGAUACAAUGUGGCUGUGGCUCUCAACUUCACUCAAACCAAAAUGGAAAUGCCAAAAACAAAACAAAGCUCAAUUUCCAACUUCUUUACAUGUCAACGCAGGGUUCUCAACAAAAUGUGCACAUCUGAAAGACCAAACACAAGUGCACAGGAGGUAUGUUUAACUACAGCGACAGCUACAGGAGAUUCUAAUGACUCUAAGAAUGAACCACUAUGGUCUGAUGUGGAUUAUAAGCAACUAACUGAGCCUCACGCUGCCAUGUGGUGGGAGAAGGAAGAUGAAGAAUGUAACCUUGCCUCUCUUCCAAACAUGGACAGUGAUUAUACAAAGGAAUCAUUAAUGGAUACAAGCCAAUUAAUUAAUAAAACCAAUAUACAAUCGGAUACCUGCGACAUAGAGCCGGAGAGCAGUCAGGGUCUUUUGUACAGUAAUCACGAGUCUGAGUCAGAUUUCCUAAGCAGUCUUAUCACUCAGAAUGGCUUUAAUGCAUUUGGAGGUUUGUUUAAUGCUGAAGGAAGAACCUCAACUCAAAAAACAUUUAAAGGACCGUCUUUACAAAGCGAUAAAGAAAACACCAUUCCCAGAUACCCAAAAAUGCCCACUUCACAUGGUCAGGUAAUGUCAAAACAAACAAAACUGGAAACACUUCAGAAUUACAGUUCACUAGAGACUUGUACUCAAGAUCCAGAUGAACCCUAUAUCUCGCCAAUCAAAUGGACAAAACCCAAAAACUCUCCGAAAAAGAAAACAAAAUGUCAUUUUCGAGACAGCGAUGACGAGAAUUUGAGCAUGUUGUUCACUCAGGAUUCACAAGGCUUCAGGGUGAUCGCUCACAGAGGGCUUCAAACUCGGAGUCCACUCAAAGACCAGAGGAACAUAACCGUCCCAGUCUUGUCACCUGCUGUCAAAAGUCUAGAGGAGGACGAAGAUGAGGAGGAAAUGCUGUUUACGCAAGACUCACAGGGAAAUAUAGUGAUUAAACAUUAAUACAUGGAGUAUAACGAAAACAUUUAGUAACUGAAAUACUCACUAUUGGAGAGAUCUUGUUUCUGCGUAAAUAUUUACAUUACAUUUAUACUAUGGGAGGUAUACAAGACAUGACUGAAAGUAAUCAUAGGCUGAGCGUUAAAAUCCUUUUUCAACUGUUUAACUUGUAGAACAUCACUACCAAAGCACAAAGUCAUUGGGUUUCAUUUUUAUUUGUAAAAUAAACAAAGUCACAUAUGGUAUCCAUGUAAAAUA